UUCGAAAAACUGACAAAAUCUAUUCACAAGUAUAUGAUAACACUCACAGUAAAGUAUGAAUAAUAAUUAAUAAUUGAUUGAAAAGUCAUUAAUAAAGCUAUAUUGAAUAUGGCUGAUAAUAACCGUAAUGUUCCUGGUGAUGGGAAGACAGCCAAGGGUCCAUCUCUUGGAGAAAAUAAUCAACAAGGUGGUGCACCCAAUCAACCAAGACCUCAAGGUAAUGUUGCAGGAGCUAGUAGUAGACAACCUACAACAAGAGUUCAACAACCUCAAUUUUCUCAAGCUGAUUUAAAUAAGAUUGUGUUGGAAUAUCUUAAUAAAAAAGGGUAUCAUAAGACAGAAUCUAUGUUAAGAUUAGAAAGUUCCAAUACUCCAACUCCACCAGUACCUCAAGUUAAUUCAUCAAAUACUAGUUUAGCAAAUCCUGGAGAACUUGAUGGAUCAAGUUUAAAGAGAGAACGAGAUUUAAAGGAUAAAAUAACUAAAAGUGAACGAGAAUUAAGAGAUUUAAGAGAUAGACAAGUUAGAAUAGAACGAGAAUUAAGAGAAACAAGAGAUCGAGAACUUAGAUUAGCUAAAGAAAAGGAUUUAAGAGAAUUAAAAGAUCUAGAAGAAAAAAUGAAAAGAGAAAAUGAUCCUUCGGUAUAUUUUACAGCCUAUGGAAUGUUAAGAAAAUGGAUUGAUACAUCAUUAGAUCUUUAUAAACCAGAAUUAUCAAGAAUAUUAUAUCCAUUAUUUAUACAUUGUUUCUUGGAAUUAAUUUCAAAAAAUUUCUUAACAGAAGCAAAGGAAUUUUUUGAUAAAUAUAAAGUUGAACAUAUUAUUUUACAUGGAAUAGAAAUUAAUCAAUUUGCAGGUAUUUCAUUACCUGAACAUCUUAAAGAAAAUGAAUUAGCAAUUGCAUACAGAGAUAAUAAAUAUAGAAUUAUUGUUUCUAAAACUUCAAUGAAUUUAUUAUUAUAUUUCCUUCAUGAAAAUGAUGCUGUUGGAGGUGCUAUAUUAAUUCGUAUAAUUAAUCAAUAUUUAGAUCCUGUUAUUUCAACCACAAGACCUGAUAAAAGAAAUGAAGAAGGUGAAUCGAAUCCAGAGGAAGGAAUUCCAGCUUAUGUUGCUAGAAUUGAUGAUGUUGAAAAGUUCAAUGAACAACCCGUUAAAUUGGGUAAACAUCAAUUAGAUCCUGAAGUUCAAAAAGAAAUUGAAGCUGAAUUAAAGAUUAAAGAUGAAAAGAUUGAACCAGUUAAUGGAGUGACUCUUGUAGAUGAAUUUCAAGAAAUGACAAAACCUGAAACAGAUUCUCCUGCUAGAGAAACAUUACCAUUGCCUUUAAAAGAUUCAUCUGAUAUUAAACGUAUGAUAUUAGAAGUUGAAGAUUCAAGAUCAAAAAUAAGGUUAGGUGCAAUUCAAGCAUCUUUACCAUCUGUUUGUAUGUACACUUUCCACAAUAGUAUUAAUGAAAUGACUUGUAUUAAUUUUAAUGAGGAUUCUAAUUUAGUUGCUACAGGAUUCCAAGAUAGUUAUGUUAAACUUUGGAGUUUGGACGGAAAUCCAUUGAAAUCUGUAUUUAAAAAGGAUCGUAAUAAUAAUGAAAAUUCUAGAAAAUUAAUUGGACAUAGUGGUCCAGUUUAUGGUGUAUCAUUUUCUCCUGAUAAUAAAUUUUUAAUAUCAGGAUCUGAAGAUAAAACUGUAAGAUUAUGGUCACUUGAUUCAUAUACUUCAUUAGUAGCAUAUAAAGGACAUACUCAACCAAUUUGGGAUGUUAAGUUUUCUCCAUUAGGACAUUAUUUUGCUACUGCUUCUCAUGAUCAAACUGCAAGAUUAUGGGCUACAGAUCAUAUCUAUCCGUUAAGAAUAUUUGCCGGACAUAUAAAUGAUGUGGAUUGUGUUGAAUUCCAUCCAAAUUCAAACUAUGUUUUUACAGGCUCGUCAGAUAAGACAUGCCGUAUGUGGGAUGUUCAAUCUGGUAAUUGUGUUCGUGUGUUUAUGGGGCAUACUGGCGCAGUAAAUUGUAUGGCAGUAUCUCCAGAUGGUCGUUGGCUUGCUAGUGCAGGAGAAGAUAGUGUAGUUAAUAUUUGGGAUGCCGGGUCAGGGAGGAGGUUAAAAACAAUGAAAGGUCAUGGGCGAUCUUCAAUUUAUUCCUUGGCAUUUUCUAAAGAUGGCGGAGUCUUAGUUAGUGGCGGUGCUGAUAACUCUAUUAGAGUAUGGGAUGUUAAAAAGAAUACUAAUGAUGCUGGACCUGAACCAGAAGCUUUUUCUACUAGUGAUAAUGGAAAUUCAAAUGAUAGAAGCAAAAAUUCAGGUAUAAAUAAAAAGGAAAUCAUUGCCACUAGUGAUCAUAUGACAGCCUAUUUCACUAAGAAGUCUCCUGUUUAUAAAGUUCACUUUACUAAAAGAAACUUAUGUUUAGCAGGUGGAGUCUUUGUAAAGUAAGACUAUUAUCAUAACCCUCUAAAUUUUUAUGUAUAUUUCGCGAAUGUAU